UUCUCCCUCAAAUGAUCCGAGAGAUUAGGUUCAAUUUCGGUUUUGUGACAGAUUACCGGUUCAUAACCCAAAAUAUUACCGGUUUAGGAACCAGCUCUGAUAGACUGAUGAUUGAUAUAGGUCGUUUAGACUUUUGAGCUUUCAAGUCUUAAUAGUUAAUACUGUAUACUGAAACACUAGCCGCCGGAAAACCGCCAUGAACUUUGUCGUCAGACGACUGGGCGCCGUUUUGCCGUCGCUACAUCACAGCGGCGUUUCCCAGAUCCGACUCUUCAGAACAGAGACAGGUCAGCUGAGACGGCGAAACAAGUUGCCUUCUCUUCCGUUUAAGAAGAAGGAAGAGAAAUCCGAAUGGUGGAUCGUCGACGGAGAGAUGCACGAGAUAGGCGAUCACGUCCCUCCUCGUGAGCGAUUCACAAUCCCUAGAGACAACAUCCCGAAUAAACGCCGUAAGCAGCUCCGUGAGCAGUUCAUGCGCCGCACUCGCCUUGUCCUUAAAGAAGCUGAACAUGAGCCAUGGUGCAAAAAGUAUAUGGAACUAUAUAAUGAGCUUAGAGAGAACUGGGAGAGGCUUUAUUGGGAUGAAGGAUAUUCAAAGAAAAUUGCGACUGAUCAUGCUAAUUAUGAGUCUGCUGAAGAAGAUGAUGAAGAUUUUAAUCCUUACAGGAACAGGCGGUCGUACACCGAUCAAGCAAAGCAGGAGCAAGGGUUUAAUAGAAGUACACAAGGUGAUAACUGGGAGAAAGUCAAUCAGAUCAGAGACAAAUUUGAGUUUGAUAGAGAAAGGAGAAUGAGAGAUAAAGCCUUUGCACCAAUGAAUGCAGCACCGGCCUCUGAAGUCUCUAAGGACUUGAAUUGGAAUGCACAAAGAAGGCCCUUUGAUGCUGAGAGAUACACAAGAGAUUGAAUACGUUAACAUCACAUGAGAGCAAGUAGAUGGAAAUGGAGCUUGGCAUUGAUUUUCUACUCUAUUUAUUAGAUAUCCAUGUGAGCAUAAGUUAUCAUUACUUUGCACAAGUAAGUAUUCAGUUAUAAGAUGACGUAGCGCUGGUCUUAUGUAUUCCAGAUUAUUGUCUCUCCUUGGUAGUCCGAUGUGUAAUCCAUGUAAUGAAACGUAGAAGGACCUGUGUAAACCUUAAAUCCGGCGCUGAAAUUGUGUGUACGUGUUUAGAUC